CAUAACUAUAUUUUAUAUUUAUUCAUUCAGACAUGCAAGCCAUCUUUCAUUUAGCGAAUUCCUUUCUCUUUUAAUCUAUUGAUUGCAUAGCUUCAUAUAUCACAGCUUCACCCUGUUGUGUCCCACAGUCCACUUCCACUCUGGCAGGACAUGGAGAUAUCUCGGAGACGCCCUAGGAGCUCCACCAAAAAGAAGGGCUGGUGGAUCCCCUCGGUCGGAGGCUUUAUCGUUAGGCUAUUUAAUCAAAAGCUGAAGUUCUCCCUAUCUAACCUCGGCAUCACCCGUCACCACCACACGGGGAUCGUAGUAAUCAAUUAAUUCACUACCUAACUAACUAACUGGAGACCAGGUCAAAGCACUGUCCGAGGAAGCUGGGAUCCAGAAGGGUGCAAAACUUCCUUUGCCCUGUUGAUCACCACUGUCCUCACCUACAGUCAACCUUCGUAUUAACGGAACAAUGGCCUGGUUCACUGAAAACACCUCGUCUUUCCUGUCCGAUACCCUUGCCAACCAGCAGACCCGUCUGCCCUUUUUCGCAGUAACGGGCGCGUCGUUUGCCCUGGGUGUAUACUUGCACAGCCUCUUGUCGCGGAAAGACGAUACGCCUCGCAUCCUCGCCUCCCCGCUAAGCACGCUGGUGCCUUCGUUGACAGAUGCCGAUAAGGCGAAACUGCCCAUCCCUCUCGAUGUGCUGCCAGGUGCGCGCGACGUCCUCACACCAUAUGGUUCGAUUCGAGUGUAUGAAUGGGGCCCGGAACAUGGAGAGAAAGUCGUGUUCGUCCAUGGUAUCACGACCCCGUGUCUGGCAGUAGGUGGAAUUGCGCAUGAACUGGCAGACAAGGGAUGUCGAGUGAUGCUGUUCGAUCUUUUCGGUCGCGGCUAUUCCGACUCCCCUGGAGACAUCCCGCAAGACACGCGCCUCUUCAGCACACAGAUCAUGCUGGCGCUUUCUUCUUCUCCCAUCUCAUGGACUGGAAAUGGCUCCAAGUUCCACUUGGUCGGAUACUCCCUGGGUGGUGGAAUCGCAGCCGCCUUCGCAUCCUACUUCCCCCAGCUCCUGGCGUCUGUGAUUCUUCUGGCGCCCGCAGGCUUGCUCCGCGACACCCAUAUAAGCUUGCAGUCGCGUCUGCUCUACGAGACCAGCAUUAUUCCCGAGAACAUCCUCGCGUACCUAGUUGGCCGACGCCUCAAGUCGGGUCCUCUGAUCAAGCCCAAGCCACGGAGCCAAAUUAAGUCUUCUGGGGGAGAGGAGGUUAAGGACAGCAAAUUGAGUGCUGAAGACGCCCUUACGGAAGAGCUCCAACUCGAUGCGCCGCAGCGUCUGUCGAGAGCCUAUCCGAACAUCACCGUCCCCGCCGCGGUCAACUGGCAGGUGCACACUCAUCAGGGUUUUGUCCAGUCGUUCAUGUCCAGCAUGCGACACGGACCGAUUCUCAAAUCGAGACAGUUGAAGACAUGGCAGCGGCUGGGUAAAGCCCUUUCCGAUCAUUCCGGAUUGAAAAUCCUUAUCCUCUGCGGCGACCAUGAUAAUAUCAUCAUCAGGGACGAGCUCGUGGAAGACGCGACAGCAGUGCUGGGCAAGGAGAGUGUAGAGUUUGGUUUCUUCGAUGCGGGACAUGAGUUCCCCAGUACGAAACCAGAGGAGGUGGCUGAAAGGAUCCUGUCGUUCUGGGGCAAGGUGUGAGUUCCAGCCUAGGACUCCAUCCUUGGUUACGAUUUCCUUCAUUCAUCCCCCGUCUUGAUUCUUCCGCGGUUCCAUUUCAACUUAGCGCUAUGCAUUACGGUUCAUUAUUAUUGUCAUGCCUUGUGUUCUUUCCCAUGUACAUACACAUACACAUAUAGACCUCUAGAGCAACAACUUCUGCACAUGUAUAUACACAGUACACAAAUAUACAUAGAGUAGACAUUACAUACCACAUAUUAUAUCUCUAUACAGACAUACACAACUCCUUUACCUAUUCAUGAACUACACAUACAUAAAUCACAGCAACCAAAACCAGUCAACCAAGAAGAUCCAAGUUACCUAAGU